CAUGGCUAGUGACCUGCAGGAUGUGGCACUUGGCCUUGUGGAACCUCACGCCUUUGUCCUUGGCCUAUUGAUUGCAUCUGUCCAAGUCUCACUGCAGAGCCUUCCCGUCCUCUAGCAGAUCCACAUUCCCACCCAACUGGGCAUCUGCAAAUUCACUCAGGGUGCUCUCAAUCCCCACCUCCAGAUCGUCAAUAAAGAUGUUAACCAGGACCAGCCCCAAAACAGAGCCCUGGUGAACACAUUUCAAUGCUCUGCAGUUGGAGGCUGCAAUGCCCCCACAACAGAAAGAGCUGCCAUCCCUUGGCACUGGCCACACACACAGGUGCAGGAAAAAACCUUUUACUAGGUGAAUAUGGCUGACAGAACUGACUUUCAGGCACACACUCCCUUUCCCUAAUGACCCUGAACUCUAUAAAAGGUAUUUCACCUUCCAGCUCUUUGCACCAUUGGAUCCUCAGACCAUCAGAGCUCCACCAGCCUCUCUUAUCCUUUUGCACCUUCUCCCCACUCAAGCUGAUGAGCAGCUUCUGUAAGAAAAAAUGCAGUUCUGUUGCCAGUGAGGUGAGCCAAUUUGCAAAUGCGACUUACCCUGCCAAAAACAGCUACUGCCUUUUUCUUUCAGAGGGUGACUCCCUCUACCUUCCAGAAGAUGUCUCUCACCACCAAGCAGAGGCUGGCCAGAGCUAAGAAGCUGAGUCUGCCUCAGAUUGUCCAGCCUCAAGACAAGCGUGAGACCUGUCAUCACAAGGUGGUGUUUCAGAAGUACACUCCAGUGAGGUCUGUGAAGUGCCCAUGGUUCCAAGGAACAGGGACAAGGUUCCUCAGCUGGUGAAGGUCACCUUGGAGAGCCACCUUAUUUCCAGCUGGUAGGGCCCAGUGGUAUGUACUGCAAGGUGCCACCAGGCCUCUAUACGACUGUCUGCAUCCUCUUCACCCCUGGGCAGAACAAGGAUUAUUCCCACCAGCUCGUCUGCACCACUGAAAGGGAAGAGUUCAUUGUGCCAAUUUGGGCUAUUGGUGCCCAAGCUAUCCUGGACUUCCGUGACCAGCUGGACUUUUUGGGGUGUCCGGUCAAGUACAGCACCAGAGGACUCUGCUGGUUCACACUGUUGGUAACCGGGCAGCUUGUUACCAGCUGAGCACCCAGAGCACAGAGAUGGAGUAAUGGCUGCUUUAACCUAACAGACUGGAUUUAUUGGAAUAGUUAAUGCCAUUUGACUUCAGCUGUUACACCACCACUAAAAACUUUGUCAAUAAGGAGAACUGAUGCCUGAUGAAAGUAAGCAACAUGCAAAUGAUCCUUGAGCCUCAUUGCAGAGAGCUGGACACAGAGUAUGGGGGACAUGAGCCCCGGGAGCUCUGGGCAUCGGUGACACCAUGCAGGUGACAGUGGGAUUUCUGCCACUAUAGACUGGUGACCAUUCCAGGUCCCUUGUCAUGCUGGGACACUACUACAACACAGGUGAAGACACCCACACAAGCCUUCAUGGAAGAGCUGUGGAUGUCCCCAUCAGGCUGGACAGGAAUACUGUGACAGCUGAGAAGACAUACAUCACACUGUCACACCACGCAGCUGUGCUCAUCCACAACCAGAGUGAUAUCACAGCCCACUUCCAGUGGAAGCCUGUUGAUACUCAGGGAAGGGAGGAUCAGCUGAAGCUGAGUGACUGCAGGCUGUGUCAGGAGGAAAAGGACAAGUCUUCUGAUUUUCUGAAGGAGUGCAGAGUUGACACUACUUGCCAAGUACACUUUGCUCUUCCCACCUGCAGCCUCCAGAGUGAAAGGGCAAAGGUGCAAGAAGAUCCCAUGCUGUUCUGCAGUGGCAUUUUCUCCCUUGAGCUGAAGGAGGGUGAGAUCAGGCCGAAUUGCUCGGCUGAAGUCAGCGUGUUCUUCACGCCCCAGGAAGCCCGGGUCUGUAAGUGAGCGGUUUACUGUGACAUCUCAGGUACAGCUGCUUCCCCUGCCUCUCUCACCGCGGUGAAGGUGAGGUGCAAAUACUCCCCCAGGUCACUGGGCUCCUGUGUGAUUGCUGGGAAGGGUCCAUGGUCAGCAGGUCAGUGCUGGCACAUGCCCACUGUCCCUGCAGCUUCCAGGGCAUCUCCUCUCUUUUGAUUUUUUCCCUCUCAGCUGUUCUGAAUGCUGCCUGUAUUUAGUGUGCUCUUCCUCCCAUGGGAGAAACAGUCUCUGAGAUGCACCCAGAAGGAAGAAGAACAAAAUUUUCUGGCAUUUCCUACAGUUCCACUAUUUCCAAAGUUCCACGUGAUUUCCAAAUGGCCUUACUCAUAAUAGACCUCAUUUACUUUUCUUACUGGUCUGUGACUCCAUUAUUUCUUUACUGUUCUGGAUUACAGACAUUAAGCAGAAAAAAUUAUUAUUUAAAAAAGCCACUAUGCCUAUUUCUAUAGCUGUAUGAUGGGAAUGACCUGUUUUCUUCUCCAGUGGAACUGCUGACCUUGUGAACUGAGCUGAGGAUAAAGAAAUUGAAUCAUCAUUAUAUUCUGUAGAAUGUGUGCCUUGAGAAGUUCAGUCCUGAAAUUCUUUCUGAAACUGGGACGCUCUUUGAAAAACCUACUGAGUGAUAAGAACCUUGAGGAUUGCCAUUGGCACAGCUCAUUUACCAAUAAAGAAGGGAAAAGAAUGUUCUAUGUGAAGAAAUCUGUGAAGGCUGAGCUCUCUACCCAGGCAUGGUGCCAAUUUCAUGAGAUCCUGCACAGUUUUCUCACAGAUUAAGCUUUUCAGGACAGAGAACUGGAUUCUGUCCACCUCUGUUGAGCACCUGGAGCUUUUAUAGACAGCCUUAACCACUACCUGAAAUCCUACCAUGUCCCUUGCCACUGGAAUUGGAUAGCUAAUACUCUAAACCCAUAUCAUGAAGUGAAUGACACCCUUAUGAUGAUCAUGGAUGACAGUCUGAUAGCAAACACGUUACCUUGGUGGUACUUUGGCCCAGAUGACACUGGGGAUUGUGGCAAACUCGUAGAGAGAAGACUCUUGGUCAGGUGUGAGAUGUAGGAAAUUGAUUAUGUGGACCAUUAUGACUAAACUUAUUGCUAAUUUAUUUCAGUAAAUCAAUUAAUUGUAAUAUUAAUAAAAUAUCAAAAUACAUAUUAAAAAUUAAUUAAUUAAUUAAUUAAUUUUGCUAAUUAAUACAGUAAAAAUGUAGGUGUUAGAAUGGUAGGUGCUGCUGCCUAUCUCUUGUCCCCAGCAAGCCUCUCCUGUGGAAAGACAAGCUGAGUGAACAUUCAGGCAACGCAGUCAAACCUCCACUCAACACUCAGCGCAACUGGCUCAGCAACAGAGGCAAGAAAGGCUCUUUCGUAAGGUUUUAUUCCAGCAGAAUAACACAGUAGCUGAAGGGAAACCCACGGGAAAGAGGAUGAACCACGUGCAGCAGGCAGCUUAAGAAGGGGAAGGGCUGGGCAGAGGGGACUGGCCUCCAGGGGAAGGGGGGUGGCCGCCAGGGGUGCCAAGCCAGUGACUGGGGAAGGAGAAACCAGAGGAAGUUGUAAAGCAAAAGUCCAUGGGGGAUUAUGUUUUUCCCUGCAGGAGGACUAACUCUAUGGUUAGUAGUGAUGUUUCCAGGGGUGGAGACUUGGAGAUUGACCAAGGGAAGAGAGUGUGUGGGAUACUACAAUACCGUAUCUACAUAUUGUCAGUGCAGUAUAAAAUAUAAGUAGGUCUAAAGGGCUAUAAUAUAAGCAGCUUUGGCUAGAAACCUGCACAUUUACAGUCUUUGGCACUGCAGAACUCACAGAGACAAAGCAACAAGCACCUAUGGAGCUACUUCAGGAUUUUAUCUCCAGACAUGACCGGAUCUUAGCUGGAUCUGCAGUCAGAGGCACCAGGAAGCCUGCUGGGGUGUGCAAGGAGCUCAAGAGACCCAGGGGGAGGGUGGCACCAUGUUGUUGCUUGGUCCUUACACGGGAUGCUAAUUGAAUAGAGGGUGUCAGUCCCUUAUCUAAGAACUUUCAUACCUUUCCCCUGACUGACAGUGGACUCAAAAGGUUGAUGCUGAAGAUGGUAGCAAACAGCAGCAGUGUAUUAAAGCCUUCUGCCUUUUCUCUGUGGCAAUCCCAUGAGCAGCACCACACAACACAGGCUCCUUCCUCUCACAGCACGACCUGCUAGCUCCAACAGCACCACCUCUGGGACGCAGAAGGGGGGGAAGUUUUACCAUUACAUUUUGGCAAGAGGCAAGGUUAGAGGGAUAGAGAGGUUACCUAACUACCAUAGCUACUUUUAAAAAAAAUAAUUAAAAAUUGGAGAUGAUUUAACAUGUACUGCUGUAAAAGCUGUAUUGCUAUGGCAGCUUUCUAAAAAAAGUAAUUACUGUAAGGCUCAUCACACGCAUAUUGACCUGUAAGCACUCAUAUGAUGUUCUUCAUGAAAAACAGAAACAUCUCCAAAUUUUUUGGUUUAUAUAAAAGUUUUACCAUCAAAUGAAGUUACCCCGGGACCCGUGUGCUGCUCUGUGUUUUAUACUGCGCCGUCACUGGUAGCUGGGAUUCAACGGGGCUCGAGGGGGAAUCUGCUGCCCCCCUCCUGUCAUCAGCUAGCCGGGAGGAGCGGCAGCAACCCCAUUUUAUUCAAUUUGCUUCCCAUAAACACUGCAAAUCAGUACUGUGGGUGAUCUACAAAGAUGCUGCUCUUAGAUUUAAAGUUACAUGCCAAUAUUUUAAGAACAUAGUCUAAGCUUUAAGGUCACUUCCUAUCCAAACCAUUCUGUGAGUCUGUGACCUUCAAUACAAGAUAUAUUCAAAUGUAAUAGAGUGGAGAGCAAGAGAGAUAGGCCAAUAAAUAACUAUCAUGGGACACUCUAAAUGAUUACAGAUCCCAGGACCUGAAGAAGUAAAUAUGCCUAAAAUAAUGAUUCUGUUGCUAGCCAGAGAACAAUGGAUUCCCUGCAGCAGGUUCUGACAAACAGGAUGAUUAUUCCUCAUUAAUGUUUCAUUAUUACUUAGAUAUUUUCCUUCCUAGUAAUUGUAUUUAUAUUUUGAAGAACAAACAAAACCCACACUGAGUCUGAAAUGCUAAGUAACAGGCAAUUAUAUAACACAAUACAUUUAAUUAACAUCACAAAUCAUAAAGAAAUGUAUGUUGAAACUAGAAUCACAUACAUUGACCAUUCUGACUACAGAAUUCUGCAAGGGUUCAGAACCAAAUGAAAUUCCUUUUUUCUCUUAUUUCUCCAAGAGAAGAAUUAUUGCCUCCUUAUGGAGAAGAGCCAGACUUCAUGGAGACUGAGAUGAUUGAUUUACAAUAUGAGGGGGGUGUGAAAUACGCCAAUCACUUGUUUUAAAAGUUUUAAACAUUUAAUGGUAAUAAAUUAGUUAUAAAAAUAGUAAUACAAAUUAGAGCAAUAAGAAUUUGGACAAUCAGAGUUAGGACAAUAAAGGACAAUAAAAGUAAAUAAUAUGAACUUUGGAUAUGAAAAUAAAUAAAAAAAGGCAAAUAAUAUGAAGUUCAGAUACUUUUCUCAAAAAAAGCAUGACUUGCUAACAAAGGAUUGACUCUUAAAAGCAAUGGCCUGUUGCAUAUUCAUACAUCUCAUACAUGAUUCAAAAACUUUUCAAACAAAGGGUGUUUUCUGGUUAUGGUCAACUUCCCCCCCUUCAUCUUGUAAAUCAUGAUCAGACUCCAAGGAGCCUGCAAGGAGACUAGUUCUUCACGAUAAGGAGGAAUUAUUCUUUCUCUUUGGGAUUUUAGCAUCUUGUUGCUGUUAUCUCUGUGUGAAGAAUUUCUUGAUUAUCUCAUCUCUUUCUUGAGCUAGUUUAAAAGUAUCUUACAUCACAUAGUUUCUAUUUUAACAUUAUGUUAUAACCUAAAACUAUAUUUAACACACUACUUAAGAGAAUUAAUACAGCAUAACUUUCUAACAUGUUAUAGAUAUGGGUAGUAAUUUGUGGGAAUAAAGGGUAUAUCAAAAUAUAUAUGUAUAAAAUUAACUAUUGGUGUAUAAAGGUGGGGGAGAUUCCUUCCCCAGGAUGGCGAAACCGCGGCAGAUGGACAGAGAGGCACCACUGCAUUUGCAUUCGAAGGAAACGCUGGCUGCACAGGAGAUGGGCAUUCACAAGGACCUGCACCCAGUGACGCCAAAGUGAUGAUGGCCCAGACAGACACCUAUCUGAGAGGAGCAGGGCCAUCAACACCUUCCAUCUGAAUGCCAGAUUCCAGGAAUCGAGGAAACUUAUUAUUCUAUUCCCAGACGGAGGUUUUGUGCAGCCCAAGCCAGAGAAAGAAACCAACAUGAAUAUGAAGAACUCAGAAAGAAACAAAGACACUCUGCUGUGGGCAAAAUAAACCGUAUAAGAACUGCUGCCUCGGAGCAGCCAGUGUGGAUGGGGAAGAAUUGGUACUAGCGAGGCCAAUCUCAUGUUCACCCGCAUCACCGUCCGGGGGUGGUGCGCUGCCCGAUUUGGUUGGUGGCUGUCGAGACUGUAUUACGGUUGCGGAAUAAAUUUUACUUUUUAUAUUUUUAUUAAAAUUGACUAUUUUUCAUUUUUCAUCUCUAACAAUUUGGUGACCAGUCCGACGUGAUAUCUCAUAAGGAUUCCAGGGUCCCCUCUUGAGGUCCGGGCGGCGGCCCGCUGAUUUCAGCGGCCGGACAAGACUGGGUAAACCCAUCGGAACCAAUCAGAUAAAAUCAAACUUUUCUGUAGCCAGAAAGUUAGCCACAACCAAACGGUGGAACGGGCCAAGAGCUCUCGAGGAUGGAGGUAGCUCUCCGUGGAAGCCGGCUGUUUUUACCCGUAAAAACAACGUGCACGA